CCCGGGGCCUGGGCGAGCCCGCGGCUGCCACCCCGCCUAGUAUCUGCGCGACGCCCGGCUGCCCGGUCGCCCGGGCCGCAUUCCCUCCUCCCCGGGCAGCUCCGCCCGCCGCGGCUCCUGCGGCUCGGACUGGGGCUGUGGCGGGAGGGGAGAUGAUGCCACUGCCCGAGUCCCGGAAGGCCGCGAUCCUGGGCUGCCAGCGUCGCGGAAACUGAAAAUGGCCCUUCAGCUAUGCUAGGUCUAUAAUGGGAAGCGCCACAAUUCGGUAUUUCUGUUACGGGUGCCUUUUUACAUCUGCGACCUGGACAAUUUUGCUUUUUGUUUAUUUCAACGUCAGUGAAGUGACUCAGCCACUUAAGAAUGUGCCCAUCAAGGGGUCUGGGCCCCAUGGGCCAUUUCCAAAAAAACUCUAUCCCCGUUUCACUCGGGGUCCAAGUAGAGUAUUAGAGCCACAGUUCAGAGCAAACAGAAUUGAUGAUAUGAAAGAUGGUCACGUUGAAGAUCCAGUAAAAGACCACUUGAAAUUCUCCUCUGAAUUAGGCAUGAUUUUUAAUGAACGUGAUCAGGAGUUAAGAGACUUGGGCUAUCAGAAACAUGCCUUCAAUGUGCUUAUCAGUAAUCGCUUGGGCUACCAUAGAGAUGUGCCAGACACAAGGAAUGCUGCAUGUAAAGAACAGUCCUACCCGACUGACCUGCCGGUUGCUAGUGUUGUUAUUUGUUUCUACAAUGAAGCCUUUUCCGCCUUGCUCCGGACGGUGCACAGCGUCAUAGACCGCACUCCCGUGCAUCUUCUUCACGAGGUCAUCCUCGUGGACGACGAUAGUGACUUCGAUGAUUUGAAAGGAGAACUAGAUGAAUAUGUCCAAAAAUACCUCCCUGGAAAAAUUAAAGUAAUAAGAAAUACAAAGCGUGAGGGAUUGAUCCGAGGAAGAAUGAUCGGAGCAGCCCAGGCAACAGGAGAAGUGCUUGUGUUCCUGGACAGCCACUGUGAAGUGAACGUGAUGUGGCUGCAGCCCUUGCUGGCCGCCAUCCGGGAGGACCAGCAGACUGUGGUGUGCCCAGUGAUCGACAUUAUCAGCGCUGACACGCUCGCCUACAGCUCUUCCCCUGUUGUCCGCGGAGGGUUCAACUGGGGGCUGCACUUCAAAUGGGACCUUGUCCCCCUUUCUGAGCUAGGAGGAGAAGAAGGAGCCACUGCUCCCAUAAAGUCACCUACAAUGGCUGGAGGAUUGUUUGCCAUGAACAGACAGUAUUUCCAUGACCUUGGGCAGUAUGACAGUGGCAUGGAUAUCUGGGGAGGAGAAAAUUUGGAAAUAUCAUUUCGGAUCUGGAUGUGUGGGGGUAAGCUCUUCAUCAUCCCUUGCUCUAGAGUGGGACACAUUUUCCGAAAAAGGCGACCAUAUGGAUCACCCGAAGGCCAAGACACCAUGACACACAACUCUCUGAGGCUGGCACACGUCUGGCUGGAUGAAUACAAGGAGCAGUAUUUUUCCUUAAGACCUGAUCUCAAGACCAAAAGCUAUGGAAAUAUCAGUGAGCGUGUCGAAUUGAGGAAGAAAUUGGGUUGUAAAUCAUUUAAAUGGUAUUUGGAUAAUAUUUACCCAGAGAUGCAGAUAUCUGGGCCCCAUGCCAAGCCCCAGCAACCCAUUUUUAUCAACAGAGGGCUCAGUCGCCCCAAAGUCCUUCAACGUGGAAGGCUCUAUCACCUCCAGACCAACAAGUGUCUGGUGGCCCAAGGGCGCCCAAGUCAGAAGGGAGGCCUGGUGGUGCUUAAGGCCUGUGACUACGGUGACCCAAAUCAGAUCUGGAUUUAUAAUGAAGAGCAUGAAUUGGUUUUAAAUAACCUUCUGUGUCUGGAUAUGUCAGAAACUCGCUCAUCAGACCCACCGCGACUCAUGAAAUGCCACGGGUCAGGAGGAUCCCAGCAGUGGACCUUUGGGAAAAAUAAUCGGCUAUAUCAGGUGUCAGUUGGGCAAUGUCUGAGAGCUGUGGAUCCCCUGGGUCAGAGAGGUGCUGUUGCUAUGGCGAUCUGUGAUGGUUCCUCCUCACAGCAGUGGCGGCUGGAAGGUUAAGGUGGGCGCUGUGGCUGUAGUGCUAGUUCAUUAGGCUUUGUUUCCUCUGUAAGGUCUGGUGCUUUUCAAGGAAAGCUCUGGUUGAGUAGAGCCAUCUUGAAGAGGAUGACCAUUUCUCUGUCCUCCUAGUCUUGGGCAGCAGAGGUGACACAGCAGAUCUGAGCGAGGUGGGAGCACUGAGUGACUGAGGGAAGAGUGGGUUUCACCAAGACAUUAAGAUGUUUUCUGAGCUGCUAUUUACAGAAUUUGGUUAUAGAGGGAGACCAGAACAUACUUUUAACUCUGAAGACCUGGGUUUGUUUAGGACAAAACCCAGGACAUGGACAUUUCUAUUCAGAUUUAUUUAUGCCUCUUUGUAAAUGUCCUUUAAUGCUGGAAUGGGUUUGUCUGAUCAGGAACUUGUGAUUUCCUUUCUUAGAAGACUUCAUAGGAGACAAUUUUUUUUUUUUUUUGUAAAAACUUCUAUUGUCAUUUGUUUAAUAUGUCCUAAAUAGCUAAUUUAAAAAACUGAUUGAAGCCACAUUAUUUUUAGGUUCAGAGGGCAUCAUUUAUAAAAUAAUAUUUAAGAGGCAGUUAACUAUUAUAAAUUAUUUUGAUGAA